CUGUGGUUCAGUAAUCAAUUUGUUGCAGUAGUGAGCGUACUUCUGGUCGUUUUAAUUUUACGCGUUGGUUUUGCGAUAAAAACAUUUUUAUAUCCCUUUUGUUCUCAUGUAUUAAUUUAUUUGCCUUAUGUGCGUGUAAAUUUGUCGAAAUAUAUUUUAUUUUUGUUCUAAAUAUACGAAAACCAUGACAACUCAGUUUCGACGUGAUGGUCAUAAAUUUAUUCCAAUAGAAAUAGAAGAAAACAAUAUAUAUCCUGGAGUUCUUAAGAUUCUACAUGAAAUCAGGCCGGAGUGGCCUCAGGAUAAAAUAAAUUUUAAGCUUUUUACGGACGGAAUAACUAAUAAAUUAGUAGCCUGUCAAAUACGUGAUAAAACAGAAAAGAGUGACAACAUAGUAUUAGUUCGCAUUUAUGGAAAUAAAACAGAUUUAUUAAUUGAUCGAACUGCUGAAGUAAGAAACAUUACUAGACUUCAUUCACUUAAUUUAGCACCAGAGAUCUAUGGAGUAUUUAAAAAUGGUCUUGCUUAUGAAUAUUAUCCAGGAAUGACCUUGACUGUUGAUAGUGUAACUGAUGUCAAAAUUGCUGCUUUAGUUGCUAAACAAAUGGCUAAAAUGCAUAAAGUUGAUUUAAAUGCAGAUAUUAAAAAAGAACCAAUGAUAUGGGAUAAAAUCGAACAGUUUCUAUGUUUAGUGCCAGAACCAUUUACGGACCCAACAAAACAAACAAGAUUUGCAAAUAGAUUGGGAACAAUAUCGAGACUGCGGAUAGAAUUUGAAAGACUAAAAUCGCACUUAAUAAAGACAGAGAGCCCGAUAGUGUUUGCUCACAAUGAUUUGCUUCUAGGAAACGUGAUCCACAAUGAAUGUAAAGGGACUGUAUCAUUUAUAGACUAUGAAUAUGCGGCCUAUAAUUAUCAAGCUUUUGAUAUAGCAAAUCAUUUCAACGAGUUUGUUGGAUUGUCUUUGGACGACAUUGACAAUAAUAGAUACCCGAAUAGAGAGUUUCAAUUGUUUUGGAUCAAGACGUAUUUAAGCGAAUAUUUAGAUACAAGUGAUGAAGAUGUCAUCAAAUCAAAAGCUGAAGAAAUAUAUAGGGAAGUCCAAAGAUUAUCGCUGGCAUCACAUUUUAUGUGGGGCAUAUGGUCGCUUGUCCAAUUUGAGCAUUCCAGUAUUGAUUUUGAUUUUGGCAGAUAUGCUGACAUUCGUCUAAGCAGAUACUUUGAACUUAAAGACAAAAUGCAUUUGAUCUAAAUAAAUAGCCCAGAUACCACUACAAAUACAAGAUGAAUUUUGAUUAUAAUGUGUAUUGUAAUUAUGUAAUUAUUAUUUAAUAAAGGAAAUUUAUUGUUUUAAA